AUAUUUUCCGCUAACGUUUCAUCAGGUCAAUGGCGGUGGAAAUGGAAAUCAGCGGCGAUAUCUGCGCUCUCCCGGAGCAUUGCAUAGCCAACGCGCUGUCGCUCACGAGUCCGAAGGAUGUUUGCCGCCUCUCGGCGGUGGCCUCAACAUUCCGAUCGGCGUCAGAGUCCGACACCGUUUGGGAGCGGUUCCUUCCGUCUGAUUAUCGCGACAUCCUUUCGCGCGCGGUUGAUGGCUCCGAUUCGUUGGUCGAUCGGUUCGAUUUGAAGAAGGAUCUGUAUCUACAUCUGUGCGAUAAUCCCGUGCUCAUCGAUGGUGGUCGGAAGAGUUUUUCACUGGACAAAACGAGUGGUAAGAAAUGUUUCAUGCUAUCGGCAAGAGAGCUCUAUAUAGUAUGGGGAGACACACCUGCGUACUGGAAAUGGAUCUCUCAUCCCGAAUCCAGGUUCUCUGAAGUUGCAGAGCUCAUCGAUGUGUGCUGGCUGGAGAUACGUGCUAAAAUUAGCAUAGACAUGCUGUCUCCGGGGACCAAUUACGCUGCAUACUUCGUGUUCAAUUCAGCAUCCAGAAUGUACGGAUUCGAGCAGAUCCCCGCGGAGGCUUCCCUGGAGGUGAACGGACACGAAAGCGAGAAGCGCAGCGUUUCAUUGGAUCCUGAAGGAUCUCAGAGGCAACGAAACCAAAUAGUCCCUCGGCGCAUGGGAUGGUUCUACCAUCGUCUACCCCGUAUACAGCCAUAUCAGCGGCAUCACCAUGAGACUAGUGCAGCAACAUCGUCGAAUGAGGAGGAAGAGGAGGACAGAAUGAUAUACCCGAGACGAAGGGAUAAUGAUGGAUGGAUGGAAGUGGAGCUUGGGGAGUUUUUGGUCCAUGGAAGUGAAAAUGGGGAUUUGAAGUUGUCGUUGAUGGAGGUUAAAGGAGCCAAUUGGAAGAGUGGGAUCAUUGUUGAAGGGAUCGAAAUUAGACCCAAGAAGAGUGCGAAGAAUAGCAGUCAAUGAUACAUCUGGGGGUUUAAUUCUUGUGAAGAUUUUGAGAUUUAUUCAUCAUAUAUCAUCAGCUGGUGGUCGUGGAUUUACAUAACCAGAUCUGUCUCUCACUAGUUUGUAUUAAGGGUAUAAUUUUGGAUGGCAAUUGGAAUGAGUGAGGUGUCAAUUGAGGGGGUGUGUGUAGUAUGCAUGGAGGCCACGUGUAGGCCUACGCCGCAUAUGAACAAUCGAUCAUUACACUAUAAAUAAAUGAUUAAUCUUCCUACGCCA